UCAAUGGUCAUAAACAAAAACACGACCCACCUUAUUUCCAACCCUAUCUCUACCUAUCCUUAUUCUCUCACAUCACAACCUCCUCUUUCUUCAUCUUCUUUCUCGCUCUUCUUUUCUUCAAUGCGAGGUUCGAUCGAUUUCUGAUUUUCUCUCUCUCAGCGUCGACGGUAUUCAAUGGUCCGCUACCACACUUUCUCUGAUUUGAAGGAGAAAUGGAGGUCAACUUUCAAUUGCAAAUGUUGAGGGUAAAGUUACGAGCAUGUAUUUGGAAAAUGGUUUUCUUGAUUUCUUAGACAAGGAACUCGAAUCAAUUCAUUGUGAUGGGGAAGACUAUCAAGGGCUGCCUUUUGACUUUUGUGGUGGAUAUAUUGGCUACAUUGGGUAUAAUCUAAAAGUUGAGUGUGGCUCUGCACCUAAUGGCCACAAAUCUUCUGCUCCAGAUGCCUGCGUUUUCUUUGUUGAUAAUUUGUGGCAAUUGAUCAUAACAACGGUGAUGUUUACAUCUUAUCAUUACGUGACAAAAGUUGAACUGAACAGUCAUGGAUAGAUGAUGUACAGUUGAAGCUUCUUAACUUGGAAAGUUCUGCUACAAAAAUUAGCAAGGAACGACAUACUGUACGGUGAUGAAUUUUUUUUUUUUUUUUGCUUUGAAUUUGAUUCAAGCUUCUAGCUUUUUAAUGUUACAAAGGAAGAAAAAUGGGAUUUGUAUUAGAUUUUGUUGUGGAGUUUAAAGUGUACAUGUAAUUAUAUGAGAUUUGUAUUAGAUUUUGUUCGAAGUAUACAAGAAUAUAGUUGUACAAUUAUUUUUUCACUUGUAAUUAUAUUUAUUAUCAAUAUUAAUUGAAUUGAUUAA